UCUUCCUCUUUUCCCUUAUAACUCUUCCAUACAUACUCAUAUGCUUCCUCGAACGAAAUCGGUAGACGAUACAAAUGCUGGGUCAAAGCGAUCGGCCCUUGGAAGCGGGAGUGUAUCGCACCAGCCACCAAAGGCUUCGGCUAUUUCCAAGCAAGUGCUCAAGAAUAGCCCCAUUCCACAACCGGUUCGGUCCAAGACGACUUUGGGGCUGGAAUCCUCGGCUCGACCCAAAGUCAAUCAGCCACUGCGAAGUAGUAAAGUGUCACAAAAGCUUGUCUUGUUUCCUCAACCGUUUUCAGAAUCGGAAACUACCAUGCAAGCCACACUGCCCAUUGACAAUGAAGUACUUGUCUCGCCCACUUAUGAUCAACGUCGACUGAGUGAAAUAGAAGAAGAACAAGAACCGUGGCGGUAUGACCAUGCUCAACUCACAGCUGGUGUUCCCUUACCGACGGAAUGGACGUUUGGAUCUCGUACCCCGGCAGAACGUAUGCCCAAAGAUGAGCGCGAUUUCGCCGGGUUGCCUCGCGUGGCAGCUUAUUGCACUGGCGAAGGAUACGAUUUGAACCGUCUUCGUCCGUUUUUGCGUCAACACCAUCAUGUAACACCACGAUUGUACGAUGAAUGCCUUUAUGCAGCCUAUUACUUUCCAUUAAUGACCUUACGCCCCGAUAAGGACAACCUGCACAAUAUUCGCAUACGCAGCGCAUCACCACGUCCUGCUCGUCGAGAUGCCACAGAAGAAGAAGAAGCCAUCAGUUAUGACGAAGAUCAUUAUCCCCACGAAGGAGGCAUGAACAAUGAAGGUCCUCCUCGCCCAGGAAACCCGUAUCCCGAGCAUUAUCAUAGUCACCCGUCCGCCGAAUCGCAUUCCGCCGACACGGAUAAAAUGAAUGGCACCGCAACCGAACACUCAGAACCCCAUGGCAGUCUCGAUCAACCCUCGACUUACUCUGAUGAAAUUGCCAAAUCCAGUGAAAAGCAUGAUGAUACCCUACCCGAGCCUCGCAUUGAAUCCAUAUCGGCACCAGCCACACCUUACGCGGAGCAGGUAUCCGAACCUAUCGAAGUACCAGAAUUGGCCCAGGAUAUCAAACGACAACAUCGCUCUUCCAUCAAACCUCCUUUCAAAGGCGGCGAAGUGUUUAUUUUCGAUUACGGCGUGGUCGUCUUUUGGAACUUUCACCGUGCGGAGGAACUGCUCAUGCUGGAAGAUUUGAAUGAAUUCUCCAUUCGAGCGUUCCGCGACAACCCAGAUGAAGAUAUGCAGAUCGAGGAAAUGCAUUUCCAGUAUGACACCUCGCAGUUAAAACCUCGCAUUUUCAAUGAUAUGAUCACCUUGAAGAGCGGGAAUCACAUGAUCAAACUGACUCUAUCGCACGGAUUGUCGCAAAGUGCGGUGCUGGCUCGCUAUGAAGAUAUCAUGGAUAAAACCAUCGAGGAGAUGGCUCAAACCGGACGUCUUGACAAGAAUCGUGCCGAAAUCACAAAGAUCAAUGGCGAACUGUUUAGUUUACGAAUGAACGUCAAUCUUGUUUCCAAUGUGCUGGAUACACCGGAAAUCUUUUGGUCAGAGCCUGCAUUACAGCCAAUGUAUAAUGCGAUCAGAGAAUAUUUGGAAAUUCCUCAACGAGCAAAGAUUCUGAAUGAUCGCUUACGCGUUAUAUCUGAUAUGCUUUCCAUGCUACGUGAUCAUUUGAAUAAUUUUGGUGUCGAAUAUCAAACCCUGCUUGUCAUUUACCUGAUUAUUGUGGCCGUGAUUGUUGCCUGCUUUGAAAUCGCGGUCAAGAUCUUGCAAUCAAUUGAAGUCAUGUAG